AAAUUUGUCAACAAAAAUCAAGUGACAACUGACUGACAGAUAGUUUUUAUUAGAGUAAAAAUUCACGUAGUUAUAACUAAUUAAUUUAGAUAACAGCAGUAUAACAAUGGGUGGACACGGACACGAGCCCCCAUACAAGAUCCCUCAUUAUUCCCAAUUUCAAAUCAAAGGGAUCCCACAGCUUGAGGAGCUCGAGAAGGCACUCGCUCAGAAAGGACUUCGCGACCCAUGGAUUAGGAAUGAGGCGUGGAGGUACCACCCUGGAUUUGGAACAAAGUGGGGUCGCGCUCGCAACGUGUUCUUCAGAGGCCUGCCUAUUGGCCUGGCUCUGACGGUGGUGACUGUGGCCAUGGAAAAGGUUCUUGGUGGCGGUGGCGACCAUGGUCAUGGCCACGGAGAACAUUAGUAUCUGAUUUAUCCUGCUAUGUUUAGAGUAAUUAAAAUGCGCUGAUUAAAAUGUUACUUUACAAA